GCAUGCGCCAGCGGCUCCGCCUCGCCCCGCCCCAUUCUUGUACGGCUCCCGCCUCUGUUCAGGACACUGGGUUCCCUAGGAGCCGCCCCAGGCUUAAUGAUUGUCCAGAAGGUGGCUAUAAAGGGAGCCAGGGAGGCUGAGUGGAGGAGGGAGUGGAAAAGACCUUAUUCAGCAGAUCCUGGCAUUGAGAGAGCCAGAAAGCAAGGGCUGUGGUCAGAGGCUCUGCGUCCUGGCCUGAGGAACGAGGUUCCUGGCUCCAAUCCUGAGCCCUUCACCCCUGUUUGGAGGUGGAACAAUAGAAUUGCUAGAAGCCCUGGGUUGGCAUCCAGAGUGAGGGCUCAUCACCAGCAGCCAGUCUGCAGCGUAUGCCAUCAGCAAGUUUGUGAGUGGGGUGUUGUCUGACCAGAUGAGCGCUCGCUGGCUCUUCUCCUCUGGGCUGCUGUUGGUUGGUCUGGUCAACAUCAUUUUUUCCUGGAGCUCCACAGUGCCAGUCUUUGCUGUACUCUGGUUCCUCAAUGGUCUGGCACAGGGGUUGGGCUGGCCCCCAUGUGGGAAGAUCUUGCGGAAGUGGUUUGAGCCAUCUCAGUUUGGCACUUGGUGGGCCAUCUUGUCAACCAGCAUGAACCUGGCUGGAGGGCUGGGCCCAAUCCUGGCAACUGUCCUAGCCCAGAGCUACAGCUGGCGUAGCACGCUGGCCCUGUCUGGGGCUCUGUGUGUGGUUGUCUCCUUCUUCUGUCUCCUGUUCAUCCACAAUGAACCUGCUGAUGUUGGACUCCGCAACCUGGACCCCACCCCCUCCAAGGGCAAGAAGGGCUCCUUGAAGGAUGAUAGCACCCUACAGGAGCUGCUGCUGUCCCCCUACCUGUGGGUACUUUCUACUGGCUACCUUGUGGUGUUUGGGGUGAAGACCUGCUGUACCGACUGGGGUCAGUUCUUCCUGAUCCAGGAGAAAGGACAGUCAGCCCUUGUGGGUAGUUCCUACAUGAGUGCUCUGGAGGUUGGAGGCCUUGUAGGCAGCAUCGCAGCUGGUUAUCUGUCAGACCGGGCUAUGGCAAAGGUGGGGCUGUCCAUCUAUGGGAACCCUCGCCAUGGGUUGCUGCUAUCCAUGAUGGCUGGCAUGACUGUGUCCAUGUACCUCUUCCGGGUAACUGUGACCAGUGACUCCCACCAGCUCUGGAUCCUGGUGUUGGGAGCUGUGUUUGGUUUCUCCUCGUAUGGUCCCAUUGCCUUGUUUGGAGUGAUAGCCAACGAGAGUGCCCCUCCCAACCUGUGUGGCACCUCCCAUGCCAUUGUGGGACUCAUGGCCAAUGUGGGCGGCUUUCUGGCUGGGUUGCCCUUCAGCACCAUUGCCAAGCACUACAGUUGGAGCACAGCCUUCUGGGUGGCGGAAGUGAUCUGUGCAGCCAGCACAGCUGUCUUCUUCCUACUACGAAACAUCCGCACCAAGAUGGGCAGAGUGCCCAAGAAGGAGGAGUGAAGAGGAUGCAGGCUCUGGGGC